GCACUCGAACCAGCAGGCUUCGCCGAGAAGUCACAAUGUCCAAGUCACAGAUAUUCGCGACAACCGUAGUGUUGUUGCUGUCUCUGUCUCUCGUACAGUGUGUGGACAAGGCAGAGAGCAUAGAUGUAAAGGCGAAGGCAGAAUCUGACGUGGGGCAAGAUGAUAUGAGCGAUAUGAACAUCAUGGGAGCGCUGAGCGAUUGCAAUGAGACCUUCAGGAUUGACAUGUCAUAUUUACUGGCUCUAAAUGAAAGCGGCAGUUUUCCUGAUGAAACCGAUAGGACACCGAAGUGUUACGUGCGUUGCGUGCUAGAGAUGGUGGACGUGGCAUCAGCUGACGGGCAGUUUGAUCCUGAGCGCGCUGAGGCUGCUCUCAUGGGUAUCAGAGGAGUGAGAGCGCUGAGCAACGUCAAGGAGGUGGCUGUCACUUGUGCUGACCGACAGGAAACCUGCAAGUGUGAGAGAUCGUACCAAUUCAUCAAAUGCCUCAUGGAGAUGGAAAUCAAGAUGUCUGAGAAAUCCUAGACCAACCAACCACCAACCAACCAACCUACCAACCAACCAACGCGCGACCUUCGAAUAAUCAAACGGUUUGUUUUAUUUUGUUUAUAGUAGUUAAUUAAAUGUAGAGAAGCAAGUUUUAUAGGAUUAAACUAUUUUUGUUAUCCUGUU